AUGGGAGGGCUCACGCACGAGAUAACGGUGCGGGAGCUGCUCGAGGGUAAACACUUCUCGCCGGCCGUUACCAUCGAGUUCAUAUCAAAGCCGCUCAAGUGGUUCGGCAUUCAGAUGCCGGACACCCAUAUGCCGGGCAAUAAGUUUGGUCUGCUUAACGCGGUUAAGGAGUCCCGGGAGGGCCCGCACGUGUGCGAGACCGGUGUGGGCGACUCAACCUUUCUCAAAUUUGUCACCUUUCAAGGGCGCACGUCGUACAACAUGUAUGACGACCCGAAGUGUACGGUUGUGAACGCCAGCGAUGGUCGACAGUUGGGUCCAUACAAGUUAACUAAGGAUACGGUAAUAUGGGUGCCCAUCGGAGACUUGUGCAGAAACUUUUACAUCGCCUAUAAGGAGCACUCGAGUGUGUGGGGUAUACCCACGUGGCGGUACACCCUCCCCCCGUCCAUGUUUGCGUCGCCCAAAAAAAAUCCCGCCAACACGUGCUACUGUCAAACACCAGAUGACCCGGAUAUGUGCGACGGUAUAUACGAAAUAGGACCCUGCGUCUACAAUCUCGGUAUACCCAUAUCGCUAUCGUAUCCACAUUUCCUGUACGCCAGCGAUAAGAUACGUACGAUGGUUGACGGCAUGUACCCCGAUGUGGACCUCCACGAGACCCAGAUCGAUUUUGAGCCGACAGCGGGUGCGCCACUGAGAGUGAGGGCUGGCGUUCAGGUGAACGUUAAACUCGAGCCGUCGGCAUAUGUCGUUGGUUUCGGUGAUAUCCGUGAAGCCGUGUUGCCCUACGUUUGGGUUAAAAUUGUGGACCCCUUGAAUGACCUAGCACGAUUGAUUGCCAGUGUCGGUAUUUGGCCCCUACUGGCCAUCGACUAUGGAUCGGUAGCCUUAUUUCUCGGGGGAAUCGGAGGUUUAGGCUAUACAUCGGUCUAUGCGUUCAAUCGUAGAGACAAACUGCGAUCACCGAAACCACACGAGGAGGCCGUCACUACUACCGGUGCUCUCAUGAGUCACACGAAUGGCGUGAAUAACCAGACAAUAGCCACGGAUACGAAAGAUAGGAAUGCCUACGGUUUGGCCGACAAUCCGCCCAUUUAUACGAUCAGUCAACGCGAUUACAUCGAGAGGGUCGGGAGUGCGUCGCUUGAGGGCAAAGUAUUGCCGCCCAAAGCCGUGUGUCUCGACUUACGGGAUGGGGUCAGAAAAAAUGGAGGUAUUGAGACAUUUGCUGUGGUCAAUGGUGUGGUACUGGAGUCAGCGCUACAACUCUAUAAGGACUGUGUUCUCUAUGACGAGGCCUACUGUCGGGUCGAGCCCUUACUGAUGUGCCUAUUAAUGGCACUCAACAUAAGGGGUGUGACAUUCAUGCAAUUGAUCCAGGACAAAAUAUGUAAAGUGCAUUACAAUAAAAGUGAUGAUUUUUGUCGGCAUUUAUCUGAAUUGAGUGACAAUGAUGAGGGCGCCGACAUCAAGUCGGCCGUACUGGUGGCCAGUUCCGAGUUUCAGAUGUACUACCAGGCGCUGGCAUACUUACCCAGUAUGUUAUUGUGCGUGUUUCUGGGUUCCUGGUGCGACAACUACCCGCCCGGUCGUAUUAUUUUGCUGUACAUAUCGGCGGUGGGUAUGUGCGUCGAAACGGUACUCCAAGCAUAUAUGGCCUACGAUUUUGAUUUAGCUAUUCCGCCAGCACUGGGCGGUGGACUGGGAACUGGAUUCGCCGCCAUAUUUAGCUACAUCCCGGCCACGACACCCACGAGUAUACGUACCAUACGUUAUAUGCUGGUAGAGGUGGCCUGUUGGCUGUCUAACCCAUUGGCCACAUUGUUGGGCGGGUUCCUACUUAACUACAACAUAACUGUCCCCAUCGGAGGGAACGGACAGCUAUUGAACUAUCAAAUGGUGUUUAUAGUGAGUCUCGUGUCCAGCGUUUUGGCCAUUAUUUGGACUCUUUUUAUGGUAAACGAAAAGAAAGAAAAAGAAGUUUUAAUGGCAUUUGAAACGCAUUCAGUUAAUAAUGAUACGAAAGCACCGGUAGAUACGAUUGUGUCCACUAUUGAUAAGAGAAAGUCGUUGGCAUCCCUGUCCACUGUCGAGCUUAAGAGACAAAAUAAAAAUGGUCUUCAAUUGCUGUUUGAUUUCGGACGGGUACCCGGACUCGAGAACAUGGACGUCGACGCCAGUUAUGGCUAA